UCUUCACUAAUGCAUUCUAGAUGGCUGAAAAAUCUGUGCAAAAGAUACCCAAGCCCCAGUUGAGAGGUUUACUAGCUUCUUCUUUGAAGUUUCAUCUUCCUGCAGCAAUUGCUGUUAGUGCUGUUACUACAGUUUUAUUCAAGAUUUUUUGGGUGGAUAGAAGGAGAGCUAGAUAUGCAGAAUUUUACAAGAAUUAUGAUGCUGAGAAGGAUUUUGAAAGGAUGAGAAAAGCUGGUGUUUUUAAGAGUUGUUAACCUAGAGAACCACAUACUUCUGUUAUAGUCAUACACACUUAUAAUUGCAUUACAUUCUGGAGGUUUGCAAAGUCAUAUUACUAGCAGUUUGUGUUCUUUCCUUUUCUUUUACAGAUACACAUGACUUGAUUAAAUAACAAGUUUGUUGUCUGUCUUUGGCCAAAUAAAUACACAACCAAUGGCAAAACUGGAUAAUAUUAGAUAUUUGUUUAUGUUAUUUGUGAACGGAUUUAAAUAAAUAAAGGCAAUUUAAGGCGUGUGUA